CCCGAGCACCCGGCUGGCCAGCCCUCUGGUGUCUCCCCUGCCCACCCGGCUGCCCCUGGCCAGGUCGAGUCGCCUGCUCACCCCGCUGGCCCUGCUGCUCCCUCCCACCCCGAGCAGCCCGAGCAGCCCGAGCAGCCCGAGCAGCCGGCUGCUGGUGUCUCCCCUGCCCACCCCGCCGCCCCUGGCGGGGUUGCGUCGCCUGCCCACCCCGCUGGCUCUGCUGCUCCUGCCCACCCCGCUGGCUCUGCUGCUCCCUCCCACCCCGAGCAGCCCGAGCAGCCCGAGCACCCGGCCGCCCAGCCGUCGGGCGUCUCUCCUGCCCACCCCUCCGGCUCCAGCACCUCCUUCACUGGUGGUGCCCAGACCGUCAAGCCCGCCGCUGGCCUUCUGGCCGCCGUCAUGGGUCUCAUGGCUCUGCUGUAA